GGUUUGCAGAAGCUGUUUUUCAUUUUCUUAGGAGUGGUGGCUACAUAACUCACUUGUAAGCUUCACUCGCAUUGCACUUUUGGAAACCUCUUGUUGCCUAUUUGCAGUUGAACGAUAUAAACAUUUCUGGGUGGUUCAGUCGAAGGUCAUGAUGAGUAGAGCAGUAGAUUGAGGAACAUUCUGGGAAGUGGAGUUGUAGUCCAUCAGAGGGCAGCAAACGGCAGGAGGAGGCAGGCAGCAGAGACAGAACUCCUGCAUGAGUUCACCUUCACAUUUAUACACUACCCCCAAAAACAACUAUUUAGCUUGUCCUCCGGAUUACUUACACCAUGAACGGGUCAGCAAAGUAUACUGCGCCUACCGUGCUGGAUAUACAGUUGAAAAGAGGACCACAAGGUCUGGGGUUUAACAUAGUGGGAGGUCUGGAUCAGCAGUAUGUCCUGAAUGACAGUGGGAUCUACGUGGCUAAAAUCAAAGAGAAUGGAGCGGCAGCGCUGGAUGGAAGAUUACAAGAGGGAGACAAGAUAUUGACGAUAAAUGGCCAAAAGCUGGAGAACCUGUCACACAGUGCUGCAGUGGAGCUCUUCAGAUCAGCAGGAGAGGACGUGCAGCUUCGCGUGCAGCAGAGGCCCACCAUAGCUAUGAAUGGUCCCACCAGCUCCGGGCCUGAUGGGGACUCUUCUGUCUCCUCCUUGGGAAUACUGGUGGCUGUCCUGGGAGCUGCUGCAGCCAUUACCUUCCUCUACAUGCGCUUCCAGCCACAACUGAGGAGGCACUUUUAAACCUAUGUAACUUUCUCCUCAAGGCAUUUUUAAGAGCAAAACCUGGGACUGAAAACUUUGCUGAAGGCCAACCUUUUUAUUUUAUUUUUAUUUUUUUGUUGGGGGGGCAUUAUCGUAGUUGCUUAACCCAAAUGCUAAACUUUACUUUCUUGCCACAGGGAUAACACCAAUGAGCUAACUUUGUAAUUGUAAAAAAAAAAAACAUUAAAUGAAAGGUGUGCGUAUGGCAUUCCCACUGCUGGGCUGAGCUGUGCUCCUCAGACAGAAGGACAGAAAGCGUGUUUAUCCCAAAGAUAUCGUUGUCUGUCAGGAUAGAGAUUUAUGUGUAGAGUUUCUAGGCAGAGGUUGAGCCUGACUCACUCAAGGGGCCUGCCUGCUCACCAGUUUCCUGUUCUCACAGGGUGUUAUUGGAAACUGAAAGGCCAUGUUGUGUUCAGUCACUCAGAGUAGCCUUUGUAACUGAAUGGCUGAUCCGUUGUUGGGGGAGGCAGUAGGCUAUGAGAACUCACUGGCACACUGUAUUUUGAUUUGGCUAGUCCGUCUGUACAGAUGCAUAUAAGCUAUGUUUUGUUUUCAUAUUUCUUAUGUUUGUUUAGUCCCCCCCCCUGUGGUAAAACCAUCUCUAUAACUGUACCAGAAUCAUCCCAGGUACAGUAGCUGUAUAUAUGUGUGAAGGUAACAUUUGGUCUCGUGGGGUUAAAGGUUGGGAGGUGGUUCAGACUAGUCACGCUGAGGCACAUGGUGGACGUUCGAUAAUAGUUCGAUCAGUGAUGAUGAUGCGCUGUGAACGUAGUAGCCUGGUUCCAGAUCUGUUCGCGCUCUCUCCAUCGAUGUCCCUGUCAAGAGCAAACCGUUUGGCGUGACAAGGAGUUGCCGUGACGGCACAAACCGACUGGCACCAGACCACUGUAAAUCGGGCAUCUCUUUAGAAUGUGUGGCGAUGACGGUUCACUGUCAUGUUGUAAAGUACGAGAGAUAUGUUUAUAUCUGUAUGGAGUAUGUCACUAAUGUGUGUCCCUGAAAGAGAAAUGUUAUUUUAAAUGUUUCCGGGUUCACAUUGAGGCUGGGAGUUAUUGUUAAUGUAAUGAACAUAUUAUUUUCUGUUAAUCUAAUCCAGGCGUGUGCAUCACUUACACGGCAGUAGGCUAAAUGUUUUACGGAAAGGGAAAUCUAUUGCUUAAUCUACUUAGUUUGUUUGCAAAGAAAAACAAAAUGAUGGGACUUUCAAACAAAUGUGACUUCAAUCGGACAGCUUGGAUGCUGUUUUAGUGUAAAGCCAUGUGGAGCCAUUCAGUUUAUCCUAAUAAAGGCCCGAUGCUGCCACCUAGUGAAUGUUUAGCAUUCCUGCAGCUCAUCCAAUCACUGUAAAAGAGGGGUGGGACUAAAUAGGUGUCAAAAGGGGUGCAUAUAAAUCCUUAUUUUGCCAUAGGGAGCGUCCCAAAUGGCACCCUAUUCCCUAUGUAGUGCACUAUUUUUGACCAGAGCCCUAUGCAGGGAAACAGGGUGCUACAUGGGACUCAGUCGUGGUUGAUGUUUAGCACUACAUUCCAUAUUAUCUGUCUCUGAUUUGACUUUUGUAUUAUCUGUAUAUAGGUGUGUGUCGUCACCCUGCUGACUUGUAUGAAGUAAAACAAGUACAUAUAUUAUCCUACGAAUGCAAAUAAAGAAGAGAGAUCAGGACAGUA